AUGGGGUCAUUCCUGGACGGGCGAACUCUGCUCUAUGCAGGCCUCGCUGUCUGCGUCAGCAUCGUCACCUAUCUGAGCCUCAGUCAGCGGCAGAAAGAAGUCGUCUUUAGAAGAUUGCGGUUACGAGGUCGUCGCACGUCAAGUGCAGAUACGCCGCCUCGAUCCCUCUCACCAGAGAAGAGGGUACCCAACAACUCGCCACCGAAGUCAUCUGAAUAUGUCAACACCUUCCCACCUCUAACCAGAGAGACCCUUUUGGUAGCCGCUGCCUCUCUACCCGAAGAUCGCCGCAUGGUCUUGCAAAAUUCCACUUUCGACGAGAAGAACUGGACUAAAUCUAUUCUCGGAUUUGACGAGGACUUCCGCAAGGCAGAUCCCAGCAAGUAUGUCUACACUGGCUACAAGAUCCAAGAAAUUCGAGCGCUCGGAGACUUCCCCGACUAUUCUGUCCUCAGCGAUGUUCCGCUUCCCAAACCAUACCAUGAACAUGAUAUCAACAAAGCUCUUCCACGACCAUAUCGACCAUUCCGAUGGGCGUAUCAUCAAACCAUGUCACUUACCAAGAUGGAGCCGGACUGGUGGCUGGAACUGGAAAACACAUAUGUCGCACGAAUUGCUCAACGCAAGCGGCUGUAUGCCGAACAUGGCGAGGCUGUGCUUCAGUGGCUCCCCGGCUCCGAACUAGCCUGCAAAGAGCUCAUGGAAAUGGCGCUUCAGUUCCUUUGUGCGCGCUAUCCCCAGUAUUUCCACCUACACUCUGACAAGAAGACAUUCGAAAACAAGAUUCUCGGCACAAAGCAGGACGUCUCAGCCAAGCAUCCUCUUCUGGUCCUGUUGGACAACGUCCCCGAGGACUUUGCCAUCACCUUGCGUAAUCCGGAGACCGGUUACUACCAUUUCCGCGCGGGGAUGAUCUGCUCGGCCUUGGGCUGGAAUGUCGGGACCAAGAUUGGAUUGCAGUUGCACCAGAUCCACGCACCGAUCCCCGAUUACAAGGAGAAGAUGCAGUUUAGCAUGGAUAGAUUCUUUACCAAGAUGCCCGCACCGAGACCCAUCCAGCGCGGCUCGUGGGGUCUAGAAGUCGACCAACCGCUCUACAUGCCUCCGGGCGACCCGCACGAAAAGUACCGCGACUUCCAAUCCCCCGACCUAGACCUCUCCCGCAUCCACUUGCGCGUCGACUGGCAAACACUGCGCCGCCUCCCCCUCUCCGGCGGCAUCGUCUUCAACUUCAAAGCGCUGUUCACCCCCGUGGCCGAGUUCCGCGACGAACCCUAUAUCCCCAGCCUCGUGCUGAAGGUGCUGCGGGACGGCAAGGAGAAUCUCAUGAAGUACAAGAACACGUGGCACGUGGAGCACGUGGUGAUUCCGGCGUUGGAGGAGUACGAGCGCGAGCAGGUCCGGAAAGGCCUCGUUGUGAAGGACUGGCAGCAUCACACGCUCGACGAGAGUCCUUAUUUCCCCGGCUGGAAGGAGAAGUGGGUGACACGGCAGGGGUUCGGGGACGUGGAGUAA